UCUCUCACAAUUUGGGCCGGCCCAUAGUUGUCUUGAACUCCAAGAAAAUUGCGCGCACCACUCUUCGCCAGACUCUACUGGAAUGCAGCACAGAUCAUCGGCGUAGAGAGAAGGCAGACGAACAAGAAUCUCACCAAGAACAGGAGCAAUUUUUUAAUAAUCUACUUGAACUUUGCAGAAAACACAAGGCGAUGCAUUUCGUGAGAAAGUUGUCGAACAAAACCAUUCUCAUCCGUGCAGCGGCUUUGGCUGCAGCUGGUUCAGGCACAUUCUGUUUCGCCACUUCUUCAGAUCAUACAUGGCCAUGGAGAACUAUCGAGGGGAGCCGCCCAUUUUCUUCAUUUAUGCUCUCAAACCAUUCACAGCAUGGUCUUCUUCCGGUAUCCUUUUCAAUUCCAGAUGUUGUGCCAGAUCCGAAUAUAAGUGAAGGAGCUGCUCCGGAUGCUGGAGACAGUCCAAAACACUCCUGCAAUUGUCUUGGCCGUGAUACUAUAGCAAAUGCAGCAGCCAAGCUAGGCCCUGCUGUUGUCAAUUUGUCGUCGGUACCCGAAGGUUACGUGGGUGUAUAUAUGGGCAAAAGCAUUGGAUCAGGAACUAUUAUAGAUGAAGAUGGUACUAUCUUAACUUGUGCUCAUGUGGUGGUUGAUUUUCAAGGAUCGAAGACCUUACCCAAGGGAAAGGUUGAAGUGACAUUGCAAGAUGGUCGGUCAUUUGAGGGAACAGUGGUGAAUGCUGAUUUUCAUGCCGAUAUAGCAAUAGUGAAGAUAAAGUCCAAAACUCCACUUCCAACAGCAAAACUUGGGACCUCGAGUAAGCUUCGCCCUGGGGAUUUGGUGGUGGCUAUGGGCUGCCCACUUACCCUUCAGAAUACUGUUACUGCGGGUAUUGUAAGCUGUGUUGAUCGUAAAGCUAGUGACAUGGGUCUUGGAGGCAUGCACAGGGAAUAUUUGCAAACUGAUUGUGCAAUAAAUCCGGGUAAUUCUGGUGGACCUCUUGCCAAUAUUGAUGGAGAAAUUGUAGGUGUUAACACCAUGAAAGUGAGGGGGGCUGAUGGACUAAGUUUUUCUGUCCCGAUUGAUUCAGUUUCAAAAAUAAUAGAGCACUUGAAACGAAAUGGGAGAGUUGUUCGACCUUGGCUUGGUUUGAAAAUGAUUGAUCUCAAUGAUAUGAUUGUUGCACAUCUUAAGGAAAAAAAUGCUUCCUUCCCAGAUAUCAGAAGAGGAGUUCUUAUACCUAUGGUAUCACCAGAUUCCCCGGCUAGUCGUGCUGGGUUUCGUCCUGGAGAUGUUUUAGUUGAAUUUGGAGGGAGGCCCAUUGAAAGCAUUAAGGAGGUGAUAGAUAUCAUGAGUGAUAAAGUUGGACAACCUUUCAAGGCAGUUGUGAAGAGGACACGCAAUGUUACCGAGACUUUAACAGUGAUUCCCGAGGAAGCAAAUCCAGAAUUGUGAAUGACAGGUUUUUCUUCUUCUUCUUCUUCUUCGUUACUCUUCACCGUUUUGAUGCUCCCAUAGAAGUGAGCUAUCAGUUUGUGUUGAGGUGAAAAUAGCAGAAGCUUUCUAGAUUAUCGAGUACAGAAGGUGUGAAAGUAGUUUAAUCUUUAAUGUUUCUUCCUUAUGUUGACAAACAGUGUCAGACAAUAGGCAUUCGUCUUAGAAAUCUUAACUUCGGAUUUGGUUUUGAUACCCAAUACAAAAACCCAAGUUAUUUGCUUUUCCGUGGUUAUAUCACGGAAAAUAUUUAUGCAACUAUAGUAGUUAUGGGUGAUUUUA